CCCCCACACGAUAUCAGCAGGAGCACACUGAAUGUGGCAGUCCAACCCAGCAAGUUCACUCGCGCAGGGCUCCAAUACGCGGCGCCAUGGCCCGCGUCCUCCUGAAAGUCACAAGGCCUUGCAAUGUCGCCCCAGUGCUUGGCAACGGAAAGGAGGAGGGAGGAGGGAGGAAGGAGGAGGUGGAUGCGGAGCAGCAGAAGGAGGGUGAAGAAGCAGGAGGGCACCUUGGCGACACUUGGAAUUGAAGCCACGCGGCCAUCCUCUCUGCCUCGGGGUGCGAAUCACUCCUUCCGGCAGAUCCUCAUCUCGUAUCUUUGGCUCAUGUUCGGGCACGGCAUCCCGCCGACUCCCCGCGGCUGUGAGAUGCCCCGCGUGCGCGUCUGCGCCGGGGCCCUGAGGAACGUCCUGCGCACCGCCAGGAAGCAUCCACAUCCACAACUUUAAAGUAUCCAGGCCACCUACUUUCGGUGGGCAAAGGCGUCCAGGCUCGCGCCGCGCGAUGCGCGACCGCGGAUAGCAUCCCGCCCUCGCGAUGCGGCCCGGGACAAAAUGGCACCCUUUGCGGUCCUGGCCGCUGGGCCCGCAGCGCGACGAUCCGCCACCAUGUACUGCACGAGUUGGGAGUGUCCUCAGGUCCUCUGGAACUGUCCGUCCCCAGUCCUGAGUGAACGAGUAUAGGGGCCCGGGCACCACCAGUAUGGUGCAUCAUGAGGUUUAGCGCAUGCUCUCGCGUGUUACGUCUUCGGAGCCAAGAAGGGCUCCAAGCCUCUGACCAACAUCCAAGG